CUUUCUUUUACACAUAACCUAAAAUUUUUGGUAAACAAAUAAAUUGCUGGUAUUAGAAAAUGUUUAAAAACACAUUUCAAAGCGGUUUCCUUUCAAUUUUGUACAGUAUUGGAAGUAAACCGCUCCAAAUUUGGGAUAAAAAAGUAAAAAACGGCCACAUAAAGCGCAUAACAGACGAAGAUAUUCAGUCUUUAGUAUUAGAAGUUGUGGGAUCAAAUGUAAGUACAACAUAUAUAACCUGCCCGGCCGAUCCACGAAAGACACUGGGGAUUAAACUACCGUUCCUAGUCAUGAUUGUAAAAAAUCUAAAAAAGUACUUCACGUUUGAAGUUCAGAUUUUGGACGAUAAGAAUGUUAGGAGAAGGUUUCGAGCUAGUAAUUACCAAUCAACGACCCGAGUUAAGCCAUUUAUCUGCACCAUGCCAAUGAGAUUGGAUGAGGGAUGGAAUCAAAUACAGUUUAAUGUAGCAGACUUCACCAGGCGUGCCUAUGGGACUAAUUAUGUGGAAACACUCCGAGUACAAGUACAUGCCAAUUGUAGGAUACGCAGAGUAUACUUUUCAGAUCGACUGUAUUCAGAGGACGAGCUUCCUGCAGAAUUUAAACUUUUCCUUCCUAUACAAAACAAAACAAAAGCGGUUGUAGCACAAUAAUUUCCACGAUAAGUCAAAAUUUGCAUAACUAAUUAAUGGCACCAAUUUUUAUACCACCGUAUGUAUGGCUACUAAUAUCACUUGGUCACUGAUUAUUUUAUUUCUUCCAUAGUCACGUAAUCUAAUUCACAAGUACUGCACAAUGUAAGUGUAGUUAAAUUGAUGUAAUUUAUAAAUUGUGAUAUAAGUAUUUAGGUAAAUUUGAUAUUAAAGUACAAACAUGAGUCUGAAUCA